AUGGAAGUGUCGGUCCCAGCAGAGCCGUCAAAACUCCACAUUUCGAAUGCGUCGAGGCACGCCCUGUUACGUAUUCUGAAGAAAAACCCGCCGGUUCUACCAUCAGAGCCGUCAAAACUCCACAUUCCGAAUGCGUCGAGGCACGCCCUGUUACGUAUUCUGAAGAAAAACCCGCCGGUUCUUCCAUCAAAGCCACAAAUAAUCGGCCUCAAACAGCGAGAACGCAGCAAACUCUUCAGCUGCAUCCAACCGAGCAGUUCACAAACGCACUUUCCAGUAGAGUUGCCCCGGCAGAACGAACAUUGUUUUCGCUCUGUAGAAGAGAUGGCGCAUCUACUCAAGCUUCAGCUGGUCGCUACACCGGAUACAGAACAUUGUCUGGCAAUGGCCAUAGUGCAAUCACAAUUUGAUUCGGUCUUGGAGGGGCAGGACGAGCUCGUGGCAGCGGCAACAGCCGGUCUUAAAAGGGGAAUAAAGUAUGCGGGCCAACUGCGUUUGAAUGAGAAAUUUCCCCACGACACGCGAGUCGUGACACUCAACGACGUUCGCCGAGUCUGGUUAGGCAUGGAAAAGGUGCUCGCGAAGAAACAAUUUCGGUGGUAUCUGGGAGGAUAUGCCAAAAGUACGUCGGGUUGA